GUUUAAAGCUACUGUGACGCUGUUCAGCAGUUUGUUGAGGGGUGUAUGAAAAGCUGCCAACCAUGUCAGGUUGAAGAUAGUCGCUGAGGAAACAACUGGGCACAGGCUUACCUUUGAAUCUGACAGAAUGCGCUACAUUGCCGUCUUUGCUUUGCUGGCAGCCUGUGUGUGGGCAGAGGAUUCCCACUAUUCGUUCUCACCGUCUGUGGGAUCAGGAAGCGGAUCCCCGUUCAGUAUAACUGGAGAGGGAAGAAUCACGGCCAUCCGGGUCUGGGAGGCCUGGGGGAACCACAUCUACGGCAUCCAGUUGUGCUACGGAUCCGUUUGGUCCGAGAUCGCUGGAUACACGUACAACCAACCCGCAGAGAUCAAGCUGUUCAAAGAUGAGAAAAUCAUCCAGGUCUCCGGAAAGUACUCCCACUACAUCCAGUCCAUAGUCCUCGUCACCGACAGAGGCCGCUCCCUGCAGGUCGGCCAGCCUUCGGGUAAUUCCUUCAACAUGUAUCCAACCCACCAAGACGCAGAGCUGCGCUUCAUCAGCGGCCAUUACCAUGGAGGCCUCAGCUCCUUCCAGGCCCACUGGGCCGCCCUGGAGUAGAGUCAGGAUUGGUGAAUAAAGUAGACCGGAUUUCCUCCAAGGCUCUUAGUUUUCCUUUUUUUUAACACAAAAAUCUGACUGUGAAUAAUUAUGUACUAAUUAUGCAGGUGUGGAAUAAUUUACAAAUUUAAACCAAUCUAUGUUGUUUUUUGUACUCUCAAAUUUAAGAAAUUAGUAAUUAUUUAAUGAUUAUUGUUGGUUCUGUGUACUUUUGAUUUAAAAAAAAAAUAGCCAAGAUACAAAUCAGGUUAUUGUUAAUUUUUGAAAGUGUGUGAAUAAAACUUCUAAAAAAGU